AUGGCGUCGCCCGAUAGUGAUUCUGUCCGAUCUGACAUAACUUCGACGCUGCCUGCCGCAUCGGUGCGCUCUCCGUCUCACCCAUCUCCGGCACCAACUACCAGUGCUCCAUCUUCCCCAUCCGCAUCUGCCAUCAGCGCGGCCCUGCUCCAUGACUAUGCUUCUCAUAUAGAGCCCUCGCAGACGCCUUCCGGGGUUCAUUCAUACAACCCCGCCCCGCGAGCUACCGGCAGCGCCGUGCUUUCAACGCAAAAGGACGAUUCGACCCAGGAGGAGGCUAGUGGCUGGUCACUGCCCUCUUCUUCCUUGCGCCGGUUUCGCCAAAAGACGAUCUCCGGACGUCCCCAAAAAGCGCUGUCGACAGACUGUAUUCCACGACAGACCAUUAUGAAAGCCUUGGCUUCGCGGCCAAACUUUCCCAGCCAUAACAGCAGCACCGCAUUUACGAACCCUUGGUCCGGGCAGAUGGCUAAUAACAAGAAUGAGACCUCGUUUCCGCCAGACGAGAAGGACCAGGAAAAGGACCAGGAACGUCGGUGUAGCACCGAUUCCUCUCAAAGGCUAUCUGCAGCGCUUUCAAACUUACAACUGGGCUCAUAUCUCGAACGAUCCCCGGCAACGGCGCGACUGAUGCUACAGUCGCCAUGCUACUUCCAUCAGCGCUUCGACGACGCCGUCAAUAUAACGAAAGUUUUGGAGGAGAUUGCAGACGAUGAGUGGUUAUCACAUUCCCGGCUGGUCCAAACUGCAACAGGGGUUCGGGAAGUAUCGAAGCAGUUGCAAAGACGGCCGAUCAAGCGCGCUGUGCGCAAUGUCAUGAUCGUCACCAAGGCACGCGAUAAUAGCCUCGUACAUUUGACCCGCGAAGUGGCAGAGUGGCUGCUAUCAACACCGCGAUACGGAAGUGACUUGGGAGUCAACGUCUAUGUCGAUGCGAAACUCCAGAAUUCCAAACGAUUCGACACAGACGGUCUCCUUCAGAAGGAACCGCGAUUCGCGCAGAUGCUCAACUUUUGGACACCCGAUCUCUGCUGGACAUCACCAGAGAAGUUCGAUCUGGUCAUCACCCUCGGCGGUGAUGGGACUGUCCUUUUCACAUCAUGGCUCUUCCAGCGUGUAGUGCCUCCAGUGCUUUGUUUCUCGCUAGGAAGCCUCGGCUUCCUUACAAAUUUCGAUUUCGCCCACCACAAAUCACAUCUUAACGCCGUUAUGGGAGAUGUUGGCAUGCGCGUCAACUUGCGGAUGCGUUUCACAUGUACAGUUUUCCGAAAGGACCGAAGCAAGGGCGCCGAGGCCGGUGCAGUCGAAGAAGGAGAGCAGUUCGAAGUCUUGAAUGAGGUCGUCAUCGACCGCGGCCCCUCUCCCUACGUGUCCAACUUGGAACUCUAUGCCGAUGAUGAGCUACUCACCGUCGUCCAAGCCGAUGGAUGCAUCUUCUCGACUCCUACCGGCUCCACUGCCUACUCUUUGUCCGCUGGCGGCUCUCUCAUGCAUCCCUCAAUACCAGGCAUUCUCCUCACUCCGAUCUGUCCUCACACCCUCUCAUUCCGCCCAAUGGUCCUUUCAGACUCUCAUCUUCUCCGAGUUGCCGUGCCCAAUACCUCACGGUCGACUGCCUACUGCUCCUUUGACGGCAAGGGUCGUAUUGAACUCCGUCAAGGUGACUACGUCACUGUCGAGGCUAGCCAGUAUCCAUUCCCAACUGUGGUCGCCGAUAGCGGUGAAUGGUUCACCAGUGUUCAACGCGCCCUGCGCUGGAACACCCGUGGUGCCAUCCAGAAAAGUUGGAAUGGCGGUGCGAAGGGCAAUCCUGAGCUCGAAGAUGAGCAGUGGGACAUCGACACCGAUGCAGGACUAAACGGCACGGACAGUGGCCUUGGCCCUAGCGAAGACGGUGACUCCCUAUCGCCCAACCCCAUGCGGCGACAAAUGAGCCUGCUGAACAUGUGA